AUGCCUCGAGCCCUCCUGGGGUUGUUCCACUGCUUUUGCUCUCACCCACUCGCUGACAGCACUUGGGGUCCCCUCUGCCCUGUCCCCCCCGGGGAGCGGGCACAGAUUCCCUUGGCAGCCUCCGCGCUGCCCACGGCCGGGCUCUAUUUGCGGAUUCCUGGCUGGGCAGCGCAGGCAGCUGCCGGUGCCCAGCCCCGAGGCUGCCGCCUGCACGGGCGGGUGGCAGCCGCUGGCACCGGGCCCCGGGGCCGCGGGCGGGCGAGAGCAGCCGGUGGCACCGGGGGUGGCUCACGCUGCCCACAUCCCUGCCGGCACCUGCUGCCCGGUAAUGCCGUGGCGGCGGCUGCCAGGCCCGCGUGGGCAGCGGGGGGGUUUGGCUGCCUGCACAUCCCCACUGCCAGCUCCCGGUGCUGCCCGCACAGCCCUGCUCGCUAUGCCAGGUCCCGGCGCUGCCCGCACAGCCCUGCUCGCUAUGCCAGGUCCCAGCGCUGCCCGCACAGCCCUGGUCGCGAUGCCAGGUCCCAGCGCUGCCCGCACAGCCCUGCUCGCGAUGCCAGGUCCCAGCGCUGCCCGCACAGCCCUGCUCGCGAUGCCAGGUCCCAGCGCUGCCCGCACAGCCCUGCUCGCUAUGCCAGGUCCCGGCGCUGCCCGCACAGCCCUGGUCGCGAUGCCAGGUCCCGGCGCUGCCCACACAGCCCUGCUCACGAUGCCAGGUCCCGGCGCUGCCCGCACAGCCCUGGUCGCGAUGCCAGGUCCCAGUGCUGCCCGCACGCUCCUGCCUGCCCCGGUGCUGCCCGCUGCAGCUCCGUGACCGCUCUGCUCAGGGAUCCCGGGGGGGAUGCCCGCUCCUCACAGAGGAGCGAGUGGUGUCGGGCUCUUCCCGGGACCCCCGGGGCCGGGACCUCUGGCUCUGCCAACUCCUGCCGGCUGCACGAUCCCCGGCUCUUCCCGGUGCUACCGGGAGUCCUGACCCAGCUCCUCCCGGUGCCACUGGGACGCCGAUCCCGUGCACCUCCCAGCGCCACGCGGGACGCCCGGCUCGGUCCACCCGGUGCCACCGGAUACCCACAAGGGGCAGUCCCGCACAGCGCGCACAGCCCGGUCCCUUCCACCGGGACCCCCGACUCUCGCCGGUGGCACCGAGGGUUCCUCCCACAGCGUCCCUCGGACACGCGAGCCCCGGUUCCACCGGGACGCGCGGUGCUACUGGGACACCGGACCACAUCCACCCUGCAGGACGCUCACCGCCCUGAGCCCCCGGUGCCACCGGGAUGCCGGACCCAGAUCCCCUUGGUGCCACCUGACACGCGCUCUCCGAAUCCCUCCGGUGCCGCCCGCGACAGCGGCUCCCGUUCCCCCGGUGCCACCGGGACACCCGGUGCGCGCAGCCCACCCCCGCUGCCAGCACGACCCCGUGCCCCCGGUGCCCUCGGUGCCCCCGGUGCGCGCAGCCCGCCCCCGCUGCCAGCACGACCCCGUGCCCCCGGUGCCCCCCGCCCGGUGCCCGCAUCCCGGUGCCGCCCGUACCCGGGUGCCGGCGCGGCGGCGCUCCGGUUCCCGCUGCUGCCACCGCCGCUCCGCGGGCUCCGCCGGGCUCCGGCCCCGCCACUACUUUCUCUUAAGCGCUCGGUGACGCGCGGGGCGGUGCGGGACGUGUUGGCAUCCCCGGAGCCCUCCGCUGUCGGUAUCUCCAGUGCCCCCAUUCCCGGUGUCCCCCUGGUGCCGCUGUGCCCGGUGGUCUCCCGUACCCCCGGUGCCGCUGUGCCCGGUGCCUGUUUGGGUAUCUCCGGCGCUCAGCGGAGCCGGUACCGCCGGUGUCCUCCCGCUCGGUGCCGGGUGCGGGGGGAGUGA